GUUUAGUCAGCUGUGAAAGCAUUCACAGUGGUUCCUGCGGCAGAUCUUCUUUAGUGCACCGAGGAUGUUGCUGCGGAAACCUAAGCCUCUAGAGCCUUGAACAUCAUCAGACUGGAACUCCACUUCUUUCCCAGGUAUCGCAUUUUGAGAUCUCCUUGGAUGCAAAAGCUGGCUCUCAGUAUGUUUGCCGGUGCAGCGACCUCGACUCCUUUCUCGGUGAGGGAUAUUUUAAAUCUUCAGCACCAUCCUGACAUGGCCUCACUGGGUGUCUCGGCGGGGCUGGACUCGCCUCCCUCCCCUGCUUCAUGCAUGUUAGAGCGGACCAAACAGCAACUCUACAGUGAAACCCCGGCCCUAACGGCGUACAACGAGCCAAUGCCUAAAAUAAAUUCCUGCAAAAACAACCCCAACUACUCGAGCACUUCGUACGUAAAUAAUUAUUUGGAAAUCAGCAACGGUGAAGCGAAGUCAAGCAACGGAGCGACAGAUAAAAAUGAUAAGGAUUGUCGGAUGAUGGAAGUUAACUUGGAGAAAGAAGAGAUAAAACCGGACGAAGCCGAGCGGCCCAGACGACGAAGAAGAAAACCACGCGUCCUCUUCUCUCAGGCGCAGGUCUACGAAUUGGAGAGGCGGUUCAAACAGCAGAAAUAUCUCUCCGCGCCCGAGAGGGACCAUUUAGCAAACAUACUGAAGCUCACGUCCACCCAGGUAAAAAUCUGGUUCCAAAAUCGCAGGUACAAAUGUAAAAGGCAGCGCCAAGACAAAUCUCUGGAAAUGGUGGGGCUCCCGCCUCCGAGGAGAAUCGCGGUGCCGGUGCUGGUGAGAGACGGGAAGCCGUGCCUAGCAGAGUCCUCGCCUUAUAACUCGCCGUACAACAUGAAUAUCAGCCCUUAUGCUUAUGGCUCUUACGCAAACUAUACCAACUAUAGUAGUGCAGCUGCUCCCGCGAACUACAGCUGUAACUAUCCCAGCGUACAAGCCGUGCCCCCGUCUACAGCGGCUGGCAGCUUUAUGAAUAUGAAUUUCACAGUCAAUGACUUGAGCAAUGCCAUGCAGACUCAAAUACAUCAGAAUACUGGAGUAUCCACCUUGCAUGGGAUCAGAGCCUGGUAGUGCCAAUUAUGGACAUGGCGUAGCACGGAUUUCGUGUUCCCUUGGCUGGUUGCACAGGUCAUAUUCAUUCUUCGACCGACCGUCGAGUACAGCCGUUCCCCACGUCGAAAUCGGUGAAUGGAUAACUUAACAAUAGGGUCAAAGCCCGAUAACAUAGCAUGUAACCUCUCGGUACUUCGGACAAGGAAGAAAGGAUAUUUUAGUUCCAGCGUCUUCCGAACUUUUAUUUUGCAGUAUUCCAUUUCAGUGAAUGAAAGUGUGCCCUUAUUUAAUCGUUAACAUGUUAUUGUAUGAAGUGCAUCUGAUGGCAUAUUGUUCCAGUCUGCACCGAAUGCAGCACGAGGCAUGAGUGAAGUCAACAUAACGGAUUGUUGUUCAGUGAAUAAUACGGUUGUAUAUAAAAAGGGCAACCCUAUCGUAAUCCUUACAAUCUUUGAAAUUCGUAUUUGAAACCUUGUUUUUGUAUUUGAUUCUGUCUUCCGUAGUCCAGUGUAAAUGUGCUAAUGUGUGAUUGGUUCAUUUAGGUUUAAAGAUUUUUAAAUAUUAUUAAUGACACCACUUUGUACAGCAUUCGCAAUCCCAAAUUCAGAGUUGAUUAGCUACGUGUCAGCUAGCAAAGAAAACUUCAAAAUCAUGCACUAAUAUUGCCAUUUUCUGUCCAUUUGUUUACCCUUUCAACAACGUUAUAUAAAAUUAACGGUGACAAAAUUACUAAAACGUUGAUCGGAAUCUCCAAAGAUGAUGAUCAAAUUGUAAAUGCAAGUAUAAAUCACCACUGUUCCAACAGUAAAUGUGUGCAAUCUAGAUUGUGGUCAUUUCUUUUUAUACAUCUAAUUCGCGAGGACGAUAAUGUGUUUCAUUUAUUGGUUUGGUAUUAAUUGCUUUGAAGUGAAAUGAAUGCCUUUAAUUGGUAAACUCACACUGAAAUAAGAUAUCCGGCCUUCAGGCUGACUCUGUUAGAUCUUCUCCGCAAAAUUUGCUUGGAAUAUUCAUCUGUUUUACAGGAGACGCUUCCCUUCCUUUUAAUUUUGUGCUUUGUGUGUAAA